UAUUUGAAUAUGUAUAAACGCGGCGCGUUGAUAGUUUUAGAAGGUUGUGAUCGGGCAGGUAAAUCGACCCAAGUGAAGAUGCUGAUGAAUGCAUUGAACGAUUUGCAGAUCCCUGCGAAAGCUAGGGCAUUUCCAAACAGAAAGACUCCUGUUGGAACUAUUUUAAAUAGUUUCCUGUCAAAAGAGAUAAAUGUGCCACCGGAGGCUGCUCACUUACUGUUUUCUGCCAAUCGCUGGGAGUGCAAGGAGGACAUGGAGAAGACGCUUCGAUCCGGCACUACUUUAGUGAUAGACAGAUAUGCAGCUUCUGGCACUGUGUAUACAGCAGCUAACACUGGCAGAAGUCUCAGCUGGUGUCAGCAGGCUGAUUUAGGUCUUCCAAAGCCAGACUGUGUAGUGUUUCUCAAGGUGUCCAAACAACAGCAAGAACUGCGUGGUGACUGGGGAAAGGAAAGGUUUGAACAUGAUGAAUUUCAACAGCGUGUCAAUGUCAAUUAUGAAAAAUUAAGAGACGAUACUUGGCUCAUUGUAAACGCUGAUCAAGACGAAUCAGCAGUGCAUGCCGAAAUAUUACAAAAAACAUUGUCUGUUAUUCAAGAAGUUCAAUAUCGUAGUAUAGAAUUACUAGGUGAUUGA